GUUUGGUUAAUUAAAAUAAAAUAUUUUUUUCUUUCAUUAAUUGAAAGAAAAUAGCAUCAAAUUAACAAACCACUUACAGGUGCGGGGGCCAUUCCUAUGAAUAAUAAAAAUACUCCUCUUAAUAUAGGAGAGAUUCAAGAAGGGUAGCGAAUUUUAUAGUAAUGGUAAUUGUUUUGGGGCAGAAUUUUACUUCAACAUCGUUCGGAAUGUGACAAGACUUUCCAAGAUCAACAAUGGAAGAAGAAGAGAAGAUCACAAUUUCUAUAAAGAAGAUCGGAUCAUGUCCUCCCCGUCAAUUGCAAGUUUCGCCAAAAAUUCGAGUAUCUGAAUUGCGAAGGUUGGUUGGAGCAGAGGUUAAUUUGCCAAUUGAGCGCCUGAAACUUUUCUUACAUGGUGCAGUUUUAGAUGAUACAAAAGGUGGUCGGGAAAUGCAUGUCAAUCUUAAUGAGAGUGCAGACACAUUACUUGCAUUUGUUGCACCAAAACCACCUGCAAAACACGUACAAGUUACAGAAGAAGAUGAUGAAGAUGAUUUGCGUUUUAAUAUUCCGGAGAGUGCAGCCCAAUGGAAAAAGAACCUUUUGUUUGUUUUGCGGGAUAAGUUGAGAGUACCAGAUAUCCUAUUGGUGACAAUUUUAUCCAUUAGUCUCAAGACUUGGGGAAUGGUUUUCCUCUGGUUUAUUAUGGCACCUAUUGCAUACAGAUGGGAUUUAGGACCUCUAUAUAUUCUCACUACAGCAUUCUCUAUGAUGUUUUUCAAUCUUGGGCAGAGGCAACAAGGGGAUGCCAGUGCAUAUUCCAUCUUCAAUGAUGAUUUCAGGGAGCUACCAGGGACAUUGAAUGCAGAACGUUUGGACAGAGAUAUAAGGGCUGGACAGUUUGCUGCUGGACUUUAAUUGAUGUUGAUCAAGUAUAUUCUAUUGUAAAUAUUGACUUGGCAAAUUUAAUUUUGUUCUUGAAUUUAGGCAGGAUUUUUAACAUUUUUCUUACUUGGAUUGGCAAUGCAGUCCUUUUGUCUGCAAAAUCUUGAAGUAAUGGCUUUAGAAGUAAAGCAAUGGCUCUAGAAAGCAUCCCCUGUUCAUUAGAUGGAAAUCUUGCUUCUUUUCACCUUGUACGAUAUUGAUAGUUCUUUAAAAAAAUAUUGAUUGUAAUCCCUUAGAAUGAAGGGGGCGGUUUAACUUUAUGUAAUUUGAGCAACUUUCGAAAUUAUUUCAAUUUCUAUGUUUUUCUUU